AUGCUAGAUAUAACAACAGGAAGUCCCUGGGAAACAGUGACUCUCACAACUAUAAGUCGUGACCGUCAUAUUUUCACGGAUCUAUUACGUGAAGCCCAGGAACUGGCUCUUGCUCAACAAGAAGGCAAAACGGUAAUUUACACAAGCUGGGGUCCGGAAUGGAGACCUUUUGGGUUACCACGAAAACGGAGAUCGUUGGAUUCCGUUAUAUUAGAUAAAGGUGUUAAAGAACGUAUUGUCAAAGAUGUUAAAGAUUUUAUUAAUAAUGGUAGGAGUGGUAAAAGUAGUUUUAUACAGGCACUCGCUGGUGAAUUAGAAUAUAACAUAUGUAUUCUAAAUUUAAGUGAGGUUGGUUUAACUGAUGAUCGAUUAAACCACCUUCUAAGUAAUGCUCCGGAACGUAGCAUAAUGCUAUUGGAAGAUAUUGAUGCUGCUUUUAUGCAAAAACGUGAAGCACAAGGGUAA